AUGGCACAUGUCCAACCUCCUUACAGAGUUGGAUUCUAAGAAGAUUGGUUGGCGUUUCUUUGUGGCAUUUGCUUCGAAGAUUCCCAUUUUCUUCCGUUGUUCUCUGAAUUAAGCUUAGUUGAUAAUGGCAACAAUGAUGGCAAUUUUAAAUAUGGAGAUAACCAUUUUACAAUGGAGCAAGCUUUUCUGAUGUGUACCCUUGCGGAGUAUUUGAACAGAAAAAUGGCUGAAAAAAUUUAUGUAUCCAAUGAUUUCGCGCGCUCUGUUCUUGGAAUACUGAAAAUAGCAACUGGGGAUCUUGAUUGUGUUUCAAGAGGCAAGUCUUAUCUUCCAACGGGCUCUGCUGCAAUCGACGUGCUUGGGUACUCACUUACCACACUGAGGGAUAUUUGUGCACGGGAUGAGAGGGUGCUCGCUGAGUCAUUACCGUCAUCAGGACUUGUAGAAAUCUUGUUAGAUUUGCUUCGUAACCUUGAGCCACCUGCAUUAAUCAGGAAGUCUACCAAGCAAGGCGAAAGCUGCGAAAAUCGUACAGAAUACAUGGCUUCUAAAUCGCCAAAGGUCUGCCCUUACAAAGGAUUCCGGAAGCACGUUGUUGGUCUCAUUGGGAAUCGCUUGUACCGUAGAGACGAUGUACAGGAUGAAAUUAGGCAGAAAAAUGGGGUUCUACUGCUAUUGCAACAAUGUGUUACUGAUGAAGAUAACCCUUUCUUAAGGGAAUGGGGUAUUUGGAUGUCGAGGAACUUAUUUGCAGGAAAUGCAGAAAAUCAAAGGGAAGUGGCUGAACUGAAGGUCCAAGGGUAUGUUGAUUCACCAGAAAUUGCAGAACUUGGUCUGCGACUGGAGGUAGACUCGAAUACCGGUCGUCCAAAGCUUGUUAAUAUCUCUGCUGAUGAAAAAUAUUCCUCUGAGUUUGACAAGAAUUUGGAACAGAGUGAUGCAGAAUUGAUGCUGUUGAAUCGGGUUGACCCUUCGGACAAUCUCAACCAAGUUGACUCAAGAGAGUUCAUCCACAAAAGAGGAUAA